AUGGUGAAUCCUGGAGGUAGCAACCAGCCCCCUCCGGUGGGAGCAGGGUCCCUGUCCUGGAAGAGGUGUGCUGGCUGCGGGGGGAAGAUCUCUGACCGCUUCCUCCUCUACACCAUGGACAGCUACUGGCACAGCCGAUGCCUGAAGUGCUCCUGCUGCCAGGCCCAGCUGGGGGAGAUCGGCACCUCCUGUUACACCAAGAGCGGCAUGAUCCUCUGCAGAAAUGACUACAUCAGGUGAGACUGGCGGAUUAGGGUCGGCGGGGCGGCUGUGAGUGUGUUAACGUCGGUUGAGGGCGCGGGUGCAGGUGGCUGUGAGUGUGUGUUUUUUUUUUGUGUGUGUGCGUGUGUGCAUUGUGCAGAUCACCCUACAGCGAGGGUGCAAACAGGUAAUGUGUGUGUGUGUUUGUCUGUUUGUGUAUUUCUGUCUGUGUGUGUGUGUGUUUCUGUCUGUGUGUGUGUGUGUUUGUCUGUGUGUGUGUGUGUGCAUUGUGCAGUACAGAUUUGCCCUCAAGAAAGUGUACAGAUACCGUAACAUACUGUAUGUUAUUUUCUAUUCUGGAAUGACAACUUGUAUCCAUGGAUCUCUGUCCCACAUGAAUUUCCUGACAAAAGAAGGAUGUUACUGUCACGAAAAUAAAGGGGACGCCCUGGUUUCUGGGACAAUGGACCAGAACGGAGAGCAGCUUGAUGCUAGUUCGAAAAAAUAGUGAAACUUAUGUUUUAUUCUAUCAAGAUUUAAAAUGUAUUAAGUCAUGGAUAAGAAAUGAAGGAGUAGGAUAAAUAUGCUACAGGCUAUAUAACAAUGUAUGUAUGGAAGCAUGGGAUGUCUUUUCCAUUCAGAAAUAUUGAGACUACGUGUCUCAAAUUCACCCAACAUCGGGCCUCGUUAAAGUCUCUCCUCGUUGAAUUCUCUCCAGACUAUUCUUAAAAAGAGGUCCAACUGUCUGCUGGCAUGUUGACAGAGAACAAGACGAACCAACAGUAUUUUUCUAAUAGAACGUCUAGAAUGUCUGUUUGUUCAUCGUGCUAUUUUUCAUCCAGCAGCAGAAGGUGGGAGCCGGGCUCAGGGCUGUGUUCCCCAGGGUUUGUAUUCGCUUUACGAGAUGCUAGGAGAGGCUGUACGGGACAGGCAUAGGUGACUUUUACCACUCUGGGAAUUUAAAAGCGUUUCUCAUCCUGUUUGGCAAGUUUGUGUAUCAGAAAGAGAUCAUUUAAUUAACAAAGAGGGUCUUUUUUUAAAUAUUUAUAUAAAGUGUGUGGGACACUUAACCAGCUAGCGCUUGAUGACGGCAGGCAGUCUCAUUCUGCUAAUGCGGAAUCGCCUGAUUUGACAGCCUGAUCGUUCAACAAUUUGACCUUGUGAAGACGAGCCAAACCACUCAGUGGGUUUAGAGACGCAGUGUAAUGCAAGGUUCAGGAGGACACUUUUCAUAAUAGACCACAAUAUAAUAACAGUGUUGAUUAAGUAGAUUUUUCUCAGCAAUACUUUUAGCUUUAGAUUGUGUCACACCACUUUAAUUUUGUUUUUAUUACAGACUAUUGCCAAACAGUAAACAUAAGUGAUUUUUUAUAAAUAUUUAUCGUAAUAAGAGGAUUUCGUAUUUUCUGAUAUUUUUUGUCUUACAGAAAGGGACGGUUAAAUCUGCAAAUAUUUUGUUUUACUAUGAUCAACUAUGCCUAUAAUUUGAAUGCUCUAAACACACUGUACUACUAGUAAUUGAGUUAAUACUUAGUUACUGCUGCUGCUACGUAUCAACACAGGCAGGUAGAUACAAACACUUUACACACUUUACACCGUACUAUAAACUGUACUUUACACCAUACUAUAAACUGUACUUUACACCGUACUAUAAACUGUACUUUACACUGUACUAUAAACUGUACUUUACACCGUACUAUAAACUGUACUUUACACCGUACUUUACACCGUACUAUAAACUGUACUUUACACCGUACUAUACACUGUACUAUAAACUGUACUUUACACACUAUACACCGUACUAUAAACUGUACUUUACACACUAUACACCAUACUACAAACUGUACUUUACACCAUACUAUACACCGUACUACAAACUGUACUUUACACACUAUACAUCGUACUAUAAACUGUACUUUACACACUAUACACUGUACUAUAAACUGUACUUUACACCAUACUAUACACUGUACUAUAUUACACUGUACUAUACACCAUACUAUACACUGUACUAUAAACUGUACUUUACACACUAUACACCGUACUAUAAACUGUACUUUACACACUAUACACCGUACUACAAACUGUACUUUACACCAUACUAUACACCGUACUACAAACUGUACUUUACACACUAUACACCGUACUACAAACAGUACUUUACACCAUACUAUACACCGUACUAUAAACGGUACUUUACACACUAUACACCGUACUAUAAACUGUACUUUACACACUAUACACCGUACUAUAAACUGUACUUUACACACUAUACACCAUACUAUAAACUGUACUUUACACACUAUACACCGUACUAUAAACGGUACUUUACACCAUACUAUACACCGUACUAUAAACUGUACUUUACACACUAUACACCGUACUAUAAACGGUACUUUACACCAUACUAUACACCGUUCUAUAAACUGUACUUUACCCCAUACUAUACACCGUACUAUAAACUGUACUUUACACCAUACUAUACACUGUACUAUAAUUCACUGUACUAUACACCAUACUAUAAUAAACUAUACUAUACACUGUACUAUACUACACUGUAUUAUACACUAUAUUAUAAUACACCAUACUAUACUCUGUACUAUAAUACAUUGUACUAUAAUACACUGUACUAUGCAAUAAUACACUAUACUAUACACUGUACUGUAUACACUGUACUAUACACUAUACUAUACUACACCAUACUAUACACCAUACUAUAAUAUACUGUACUAUACACUAUACUAUAAUACACUGUUCUAUAAUACACCAUAUUAUAAUACACUGUACUAUAAACCGUACUAUAAUACACCAUACUAUAAUACACCAUAUUAUACACUGUACAAUUAUACACUGUACUAUACACUAUACUAUAAUACACCAUACUACACACACCAUACUAUAAUACACCGUACUAUACACCAUACUAUAAUACACUACUAUAAUACACUACUAUAAUACACUACUAUAAUACACCAUACUAUAAUACACUACUAUAAUACACCGUACUAUACACCAUACUAUAAUACUAUAAUACACUACUAUAAUACACUACUAUAAUACACUACUAUAAUACACUACUAUAAUACACCAUACUAUAAUACACCGUACUAUACACCAUACUAUAAUACACUACUAUAAUACACUACUAUAAUAAAAUACACUACUAUAAUACACUACUAUAAUACACUACUAUAAUACACCAUACUAUAAUACACCAUACUAUAAUACACCGUACUAUAAUACACUACUAUAAUACACUGUACUAUACACCAUAAGAAGACCUCCAGGGAUGAUGAGGUUCUGUGUGUCUCCUCUCCUCAUCAACAAGGAUCAAGUCAAUGGGUCACUCCAUUCAUAAUGGCACUACAACCUAAUUCAAAUAGAGAGGGAGUGAGGGAGGGAGGGAGGGAGGGAGUGAGGGAGGGAGGGAGGGAGGGAGGGAGAAGAGGAUACACCUUACCACUUGUAAUGUAAUGAGAGCUAGGUGGUAGAGGGGAGUGAGAGGACCUAAAAAACAGUCUGCGUCCCAAACAGCACCCUAUUCCCUUUAUAGUGCACUAUCACUACUUUUGACCAGGGCCCUAUAUAGGGAAUAGGGUGCCAUUGGGGACAGAGCCCCUGCCUCUCUCUGCACUAGACUAGCCUGUGAUCUGAGGAGAGAUAAGGAAAGGAAAGCAGGUUAGAAAAAAACAUCUGACAGUAAGUCCACACAAUUAAAGUAUUUAAUUAGAGUCCCCCUCCAUUUAGCUUUAGUCCUGAUGGGUUUUAUCUAAUGAGAUCUGCUCUCAGGCUCCCCUCCUCUCCCUCCUCUCUACUCCCUCCUCUAUACUCCCUCCUCUAUACGCCCUCCUCUCCCUCCUCUCUACUCCCUCUUCUCUACUCCCUCCUCUCCUCUCCCUCCUCUCCUCUCCCUCCUCUCUACUCCCUCCUCUCUACUCCCUCCUCUCCUCUCCCUCCUCUCUACUCCCUCCACCCCUCCUCUCCCUCCUCCUCUUACUCCUCUCUAUACUCCCUCCUCUAUACCCCCCCCCUCUAUAUACGCCCUCCUCUCCCUUCCCUCUCUUCUCCCUCCUCUCUACUCCCUCCUCUCCCUCCCCUCCUCUCUACUCCCUCCUCUCUACUCCCUCCUCUCCUCUCCCUCCUCCUCUCUACUACUCCCUCCACCCCUCCUCUCCCUCCUCUCUACUCCCUCCUCUAUACUCCUCCUCUAUCGCCCUCCUCUCCCUCCUCUCUACCCCCCUCCUCUCUACUCCUCCUCUCCUCUCCCUCCUCUCCCCUCUCCCCUCCUCUCUACUCCCUCCUCUCCCUCCCUCUCCUCUCCCCCUCCUCUACCCCUCCUCUCUACUCCCUCCACCCCUCCUCUCCUCCCUCCUCUCUACUAUCCCUCCUCUCUCUCCCUCCCUCCUCUACUACUUCCCUCUCCCCCCCUCUCUCCCUCCUCUCUACUCUCCCUCCUCCCCCCUCUCCCUCCCCUCCUCUCUACUCCCUCCCUCAUCUCCCCUCCCCUCCUCUCCCUCCUCUCCUCUCCCUCCUCUCCCUCUCUCUCCCCUCCUCCUCUCCUCUCCCUCCUCCUCUCCUCUCUACUUUCCCCCCUCUCCUCCCCUCCUCUCCUCUCCCUCCUCUCUCCUCCCUCUCUCCCUCCUCUCCUCUCCCUCCUCUCCCCUCCCUUCUCCUCCUCUCUCCUCUCCCUCCCUCUCCCUCCUCCUCCUCUCCUCUCCUCUCUCUCUCCUCUCCUCUCCUCUCCUCUCCUCUCCUCUCCUCUCCUCUCCUCUCCUCUCCUCUCCCUCUCCUCUCCUCUCCUCUCCCUCCUCUCCCUCCCUCCUCUCCCUCCCUCCUCUCUCUCCUCUCACUCCCCUUUCCCCUCCUCUCCUCUCCUCUCCACUCUCCUCUCCCUCCUCUCCCUCCUCUCCUCUCCCUCCUCUCCCUCCCCUCCUUCCUCCCUCUCCUCUCCUCUCUCUUCCUCGCCUCUCCCUCCUCCUCUCCUCCCCCUCCCUCUCCUCUCCUCCCUCUCCUCUCCCCUCCUCUCCUCCCUCUCCUCUCCUCUCCUCUCCUCUUCCUCUCCCUCCCUCCUCUCCUCUCCCUCCCUCUCUACUCCUCUCAUCCUUCCCUCCCUCCUCUCCAUCCACCUCUCUACUCCCUCUCUAUCCCUCCUCUCCCUACCUCUCCUCCCUCCCCUCACGUCCUCUCCUCUCCCCCUCUUUCCUAUCCUUCAAAUGAUCUGUCUCCCCUCUCCUCUGCUUUACAUUUACUCAUAAUUUCCCCUCUCUACUUCAAAUGAUAUGCCCAAUUUAACAAAAUUUAAUUAACCAAAUUGGCUUUUGAGAGAGAGAGAUGGAGAGAGAUGGAGAGAGAUGGAGAUAGAGAGAAGGAGAAGGAAAGAGAGAGAGAAGGGGGGAUUAUUUUGAAGGCCAGUUUUUUCUGGGUUUCAGUUUUUCUGUGUCUCAUCUUGUAAUGGAUUAUUAAAUUGCUCUUGCAGUAUAAAUAAUGGAGUUAUAUCUCUUACUUUUAUUAAUAAAGCUGAUGUGAAAACUGCUCCACAUUGAUCGAGACUCAUGAGUGAAAAUGCAUCACAUUACUUCUAAUGGGAGACGUGCCUGACCUGAGAUGAUACCCAGCUAACAUCAAUCACACAGACACACCACAAACACUGUGUAUAGGGCCAAACACUGUGUAUAGGGCCAAACGCUGUGUAUAGGGCCAAACGCUGUGUAUAGGGCCAAACGCUGUGUAUAGGGCCAAACACUGUGUAUAGGGCCAAACACUGUGUAUAGGGCCAAACACUGUGUAUAGGGCCAAACGCUGUGUAUAGGGCCAAACGCUGUCACUCUGUAGGGCUGUCAGGGUGCAUUGCAAAUAGCAACCUAUCCCUUACAGUGGGGAAAAAAAGUAUUUAGUCAGCCACCAAUUGUGCAAGUUCUCCCACUUAAAAAGAUGAGAGAGGCCUGUAAUUUUCAUCAUAGGUACACGUCAACUAUGACAGACAAAUUGAGAAAGAAAAAUCCAGAAAAUCACAUUGUAGGUUUUUUUAUGAAUUUAUUUGCAAAUUAUGGUGGAAAAUAAGUAUUUGGUCUCCCUACAAACAAGCAAGAUUUCUGGCUCUCACAGACCUGUAACUUCUACUUUAAGAGGCUCCUCUGUCCUCCACUCGUUACCUGUAUUAAUGGCACCUGUUUGAACUUGUUAUCAGUAUAAAAGACACCUGUCCACAACCUCAAACAGUCACACUCCAAACUCCACUAUGGCCAAGACCAAAGAGCUGUCAAAGGACACCAGAAACAAAAUUGUAGACCUGCACCAGGCUGGGAAGACUGAAUCUGCAAUCGGUAAGCAGCUUGGAUUGAAGAAAUCAACUGUGGGAGCAAUUAUUAGGAAAUGGAAGACAUACAAGACCACUGAUAAUCUCCCUCGAUCUGGGGCUCCACGCAAGAUCUCACCCUGUGGGGUCAAAAUGAUCACAAGAACGGUGAGCAAAAAUCCCAGAACCACACGGGGGGACCUAGUGAAUGACCUGCAGAGAGCUGGGACCAAAGUAACAAAGCCUACCAUCAGUAACACACUACGCCGCCAGGGACUCAAAUCCUGCAGUGCCAGACGUGUCCCCCUGCUUAAGCCAGUACAUGUCCAGGCCCAUCUGAAGUUUGCUAGAGUGCAUUUGGAUGAUCCAGAAGAGGAUUGGGAGAAUGUCAUAUGGUCAGAUGAAACCAAAAUAGAACUUUUUGGGAAAAACUAAACUCGUCGUGUUUGGAGGACAAAGAAUGCUGAGUUGCAUCCAAAGAACACCAUACCUACUGUGAAACAUGGGGGUGGAAACAUCAUGCUUUGGGGCUGUUUUUCUGCAAAGGGACCAGGACGACUGAUCCGUGUAAAGGAAAUAAUGAAUGGGGCCAUGUAUCGUGAGAUUUUGAGUGAAAACCUCCUUCCAUCAGCAAGGGCAUUGAAGAUGAAACGUGGCUGGGUCUUUCAGCAUGACAAUGAUCCCAAACACACCGCCCGGGCAACGAAGGAGUGGCUUCGUAAGAAGCAUUUCACGGUCCUGGAGUGGCCUAGCCAGUCUCCAGAUCUCAACCCCAUAGAAAAUCUUUGGAGGGAGUUGAAAGUCCGUGUUGCCCAGCGACAGCCCCAAAACAUCACUGCUCUAGAGGAGAUCUGCAUGGAGGAAUUGGCCAAAAUACCAGCAACAGUGUGUGAAAACCAUGUGAAUACUUACAGAAAACGUUUGACCAGUGUCAUUGCCAACAAAGGGUAUAUAACAAAGUAUUGAGAAACUUUUGUUAUUGACCAAAUACUUAUUUUCCACCAUAAUUUGCAAAUAAAUUCAUAAAAAAUCCUACAAUGUGAUUUUCUAGAUUUUCUUUUCUCAUUUUGUCUGUCAUAGUUGACGUGUACCUAUGAUGAAAAUUACAGGCCUCUCUCAUCUUUUUAAGUGGGAGAACUUGCACAAUUGGUGGCUGACUAAAUGCUUUUUUCCCCCACUGUAUAUAGUGCACUACUUUUGACCAGGGCCCAUGACACCCUAGUUCCCGCAAACUUAACUCUGGACCUCAAAGCCAGUUCCACUGUUCCCCCCCCCCCCCCCCCAUUGUUCCCCUCUAAUCAGGGACUGGUUUAGACCUGGGACACCAGGUGUGUGCAAUUAAUUAUCAGGUAGAACAGAAAAAGCAGCAGGCUCCGGACCUCGUAGGGAAAGAGUUGAAUACCCCUAUGUAGUACACUACUUUUGACCAGGGUCCAUAGCCCUCUUUCGUUCUCCCAUAGGGCUCUGGUCAAAAGUAGUGCCGUAUAUAGGGAAUAGGGUACCAUUUGGGACGCCCCUGUGUGUCUCUGUCCGUGUAAAACAACCUACCAAUACAGCUUUCACUAGCUUUACUUACUGUUGUGUUUAAGUCAGAGGUGGUAUUAUUUGUGUUGGCUGGUUUGAGUGAAGAGAGAGAAAUAAUUAAUGAAUCUAGCGUAGCAAUCAUGUCGGGUGGAUUUGGACGUAAAAUGAACACUGUCCCUUUUAAUUGAAUAGAGACAAGGUAAUUAAAUCGCACUUUUCUAAUAGAAUGUGCUGCUAGGUAAAUGUAAUAGUUGGUUAUUUAAUAUCACUUUGAAGUUUGCAGCACUGUGACAGCAACAGGAACAUGUGAAGUAUUAGGGAAAGGGAAAGAACCGCGAUUUCAGAAAUUAAUUAAAUCGCAUGCAAUUUAGGCAAAACGUUUAUCUUGAUUUGUCAUAACAGAAUUAAUUCAAGGCCUUCAAUUCACCAGGGGCCAGAUCUGUUCCUCUAAAUUAUCCAAGUGUAAUUGGCUGAUCCCCCCCCCCCCCGUCACCACGUCCCUCCUCUCCCCUGCCUCCCCCCUCUCCUCUCACCAUCCCCUCUCCUCCCCCCUCCUCCCAACCUCUCUCACUCUAAUACAGCUCUUGUCAUUAUGUAAAGCCCUGUUUAAGUAUCAAUAUGGCCUUAGUGCUUUUAAGGUGCUUUGGCUGCCGAUGUAGAGAGGCAUUUUUUUAAUGGACUGUGACGCAGAAAUCAUUGUUCUGUGGUUAUUUCACCCCCCCCCCCCCCCCCCCCCGCUUCAAAAAGCCUCAGCGAGCGAGCGACGGAACGAGGCCAGACAGCCUAACAACACAACAAGCUGUGAUGCUAUAUUUCAAAUCACCUGGCACACUCAGUCAGAUUUGAAACCCAGUAGUCAUUGCCUCCUAUAGACAGACAGUAGACAGCACCAAAUUCUCUUUUAAUGAAAGACAUACGGUAGCUUGUAGUAUCUCUUAUUCAGAUCCCCUGUGUGGGAGGGGAAUGGGGAGGGGAAACACAAAUAAAUCACUGCAUAGCCCCCCAUGUUGGUUGACAAAACCAUCCUCCCAAUGUCCUAUGAUUGAUUGUUCAGGCAAAUGGCUUGAAAAACAACAAAGGAACCCAUUGAAACCUCUGAACCUGUGAAUCUCUGAACCUCUGAUUUGGAGGGGAAAAGGAACUGAAAACCAGUCAUGUCGUUAAAGAGUCCCCAGACCUUAAUUAUACUGACCUGGGGCUUCCUCAUCCCUUUCUCUCCCCCCUGUCCUCCCCCUGUCCUCCCCCUGUCCUCCCCGUCAUCCCCUCAUCCCGUCUACACCCUCCACCCCAAUACAGCAGCUCAAUGGAAAGCAGAGACCGUUAGAGUCCAAGUCCAGACUGAUAGGAACUUCAUUGAGCAGCCCUCUAAAUCAAAUACUAUCAGCAGUUAUGCCUGCCUGGUGAUUAACCUGAUAUGUGUAGAGGCCCAGGGAUGGCAGGAUGGAAUGAAAAGGAGGAAGGGGGAGAAAAAUCUUCAUUCCAAAGUCUUUAUUAUCUUUGUUUAAUACAGCCCCUAAAAGACAUGAACGCUGUCUGGAGAAAUUUGUGGUUAGAUGAAAAUAAUGAUUUUUAGGAUUCUGUGAAUUUGGAUUCAGUCAAAAGUUUAGAUAUGUGGGAAGCUGGUUGAGAGAACGCCAAGAGUGUGCAAAGCUGUCAUCAAGGCAACGGGGUGGCUGCUUUGAAGAAUCUCAAAUAUAAAAUAUAUUUUGAUUUCUUUAACACCUUUUUGGUUGCUGCAUGAUUCCAUAUGUGUUAUUUCAUAGUUUAGAUGUCUUCACUAUUAUUCUACAAUGUAGAAAAUAGUACAAAAAAUUAAGAAAAACCCUUGAAUGAGUAUGUUUUGUCCAAACUUUUGACUGAGAAGAGCUCUGCUGCAGUAUGCAAUGUUGGGUAGUGCCGUGAGUAAGCAUUUCGCUGUUAGUCUACACCUGUUGUUUAAGAAGCAUGUGAAUAUGAAUAACAUUUUAUUUUGAUUGGAUUUUGUGAUUCUGGUCAAGGACCAGGUAUAUUUCUACACAAAUGAAAAAUCAAAAUGACUAUAGAAAACUGUGACUAUAUAUCUAAAAGUCCUAUAAAAGUUACUGUAGCACAAAACAGAGCUCAGUGUUUUCCACUGGCACCGGCUGUCGGCUAAACAGACGAUUACAGAGUCAUUUUCAGCAGGGUACUUUUCCCACUUAAAUUAACUGGACUACUUUUCAAUUCGCUAGUCAGGCGAUCCCUCUCCCGCUAGAAUGAACGACAUGCAUCUUCUAACGACCUCAUGAUAGGACAGGCGCCUGUCAGUCACAAAGUGAACGAUGACAGGGAAAAACAACAACACGGUAACAAAGUGUUGUUUUCAUUUCCUGUGUCUAUCUCACAGGUUGUUUGCGCCAUCACUGCGCUUUUCUUAUAUCCAAUCAAAUUAGACCAUAUUCUAUAACUUGAGUUUGAUGUGUUGUGCAUGUUUUGACAACAAGCGGUUCCUGUUUGUGAAAUGUCACCCUAUAGACUGCAAGAUUUACAGUAUCCGCAUUUUUAGUUAUUGUUUUUGUCUGUACACAAACCGAAUUACUUACCUUCUGGAAUUCAACAGGGGGGAGAUAAUAUAAGAGGUAACAUUGUGGUGCUUCUCUGUAGUGUUAAAACAAAGACAUCUGUCUCCCUCUCCUCUUCCUACACACACACACACACACACACACACACACACACACACACACACACACACACACACACACACACCAUGUCUACCCCAGCUAAGGCCCUGAAAUGGCAGCAGUGUUGUCACAACAGUCUUCCAGCUAAUUCGUUUUUGAAAUGGAGUUUUGAUUGAGCCCUUUCAAUCGAUGCCAAGACAAAAUGUGUUUCUUCAGCUUCCUAUUGAAAGCCGUUUUAGUGGUUCCCUUUCCAAUGAAGUCUCUGUCACUCCAUGUCAAUACAUUUAACAACAACAGUCAGUCAGAGAGGGGACAGCUGAACCUGGUUUGUGACCAGGCUACAUCUCCUACAGUACUUUGUGUCAUUUGUCCACUCUUUAAUUCAUUUGUUUGUGAGCAAAAUACGUACAGACUCCUACAAGAAUAUUGCUCAGAAUAUUCCUAAUGAAUAACAUCAUUCAGCUCAUUUAAUUUUAGAAUCAUUUUAGGAGUUAAAUGGUUUAAAAGAAACUAUCACAAAUAUAUUCCUCAUCUGCGAUUUAACCACUCUCUUUAUCCCUCUCUCUCCCCCUCUCUCUCUCCCUCUCUCUCCCCUCUCUCUAUCCCUCUCUCUCCUCCCUCCCUCUCUCCCCCUCUCUCUCCUUCCCGCCCUCCCUCUCUCCCCCUCUCUCCCCCUCUCUCUCCCUCUCUCUCCCUCUCUCCCCCUCUCUCUCCUCCUCUCUCUCCUCCCUCUCUCUCCCUCUCUCUCCCCCCUCUCUCUCCUCCCUCUCUCUCCUCUCUCCCCCUCUCUCUCCUCCCUCUCUCUCCCUCUCUCUCUCCCUCUCUCCCCCUCCCUCUCCUCCCUCUCUCCCCCCUCUCUCUCUCCCUCUCUCCCCCUCUCUCUCCUCCCUCUCUCCCCCUCUCUCCCCCUCUCUCUCUCCUGAGCAUGUCAGAUGCUGUGGUCUUAUUUGAUUGCAUAAGUGCAGUGAUAGAGCAAACACCCGGUGAGAUAUGAUGACAAAUGGGGCCAGAUCCCAGUAAAUUACUUUCUGCUCAAAUCGAAAUUUCAUUCAGUUUGUUGCUCGGCGAGAUGAAGUAA